AUGCCGGUGUCUCGUUCGGUUGUUGUGACAGCGCUGGUGACGACGGUGUUGGCGCUUUUGCUGGCAGCGGCACCGAGGAGUUGUGCCGCUGCCUCAUCGGAGCGACCAAAUGUCCUGAUUCUGUUCUUGGACGAUGUCGGUGCAGACCGGUUUCCGUUCUACGGGUCCAACAUUGACGUGUCGCCCAACCUGAAUGAGCUCUACGAGCGAGCAGUGACGCUGGAUGCGUUUUUCACCCAGCCCAUCUGCGGCCCGUCGCGCGCGUGCCUCCUGAGCGGCCGCCUCACGUCCAACACAAAGGCGUACAGCAACGGGCACAAGCGGAACAAGGACUUUGACGAAUCCGAGUGCACGUUGGGCUCUGUGUUCCAGCAGGCGGGCUACCGCACCGGCUUGUUUGGAAAGCUCCAUGCUUCACACCCAUACGUGAAGACGCUUGACACCAGCUGUGGCUUUGACACCUGGGCCGUUUGGGCCCGUCGAGGCCCUCGCUACCACAACUCAACGAUUGAGACAAACAUUGGCGAGGGCAACCUAACCUUUGAUGGCCUCGUGGAUGCCGUGCUUGAUCCCGAGAGCGCAUCUGUUCCACGCCGCGUCGCCCUCACCAACACGUACCACCCGCACCUGAACCGCGAGCUGGCAAAGGCCUUCAUCUCCACCAGCGUCGCAGAGGACCAGAACUUCCUCCUGCACAUGCCCAUGAUCCUGACCCACGGCCCAUAUGAGGACAAGCCGCAGGACCCCUCACUCCCGGCCGACAUGGAGGCUGAGGAGGACAACGACGCGCUGUUCAACCAGCGGCUGAUGGUCGCCGACGCCGUGGUGGGCGACAUCCUGCGCCACAUGGAGGUGGAGGGCGUGGCCAACAACACGAUUGUCGUUGCCAUGGGCGACAACGGCACGCCGCGCAAGUACUCGUCGAUUGUCAACGGCGUCGAAACGCGCUCGGGCAAGCGCCACGCCGGGGAGACCAAGGGCACGCGCGUGCCGUUCCUCCUCUUCGACCCGCGCCUCGGCACCACGCCCCGCACCGUGAAGCCCAUCACCAGCAUGGUUGACGUCCUGCCCACGCUCAUGGACGCCACGGGCGUGAAUCAGUUGCCUGCAGGCAAGGACCCGCUGGAUGGAACGAGCUUCUGGCCGCUCGUGACGGGCGAGUCGAAGCGGCGGCGACAGUGGUCCUUCCUCUUCUCCAAGACGCGCGCGCCGCACGCCGUGGUGCGCAACCGAAAGAUCAUCAUCACCUCGGACGGCACCGUCUACCGCGAGCGCAAGUGGUACGAUCCGGUGCAGAUCACGCCCGAGGUGGUGUGCCGCAAGCGCAAGUACUUCCGCCGGUUCAAGAGCAUGGUGAAAGAGGCGUGGAAGCUGGACAUUGACGUGACCUUCCCAGGUUCCGACACCGCCUACCCGCCCAACUCCUGCUCCAAGAUUGUCUGCAACGACGAGACAAGCCUGCCAGAGUGUGUCCCUGCAUGCCCGUGCAAAUGAGAGCGUGUGCGUGGACACGCAUCGAGAUGAGGAGCGCCAACUGCUGCAGUUUUGGGACUGAGGGCCUCCUUAUUUUGCAGUGUUGGGGUUUUUCGUCGAUUCCCAAUCCCCUUUCCCUCCCACACAUGAACGCAUGCAUGCACAUACACACACACACACACACACAUAUCUCAUGUUUAUUCCU